AUGUAUAUCACGGAUCACAGCAACAAUUACAAUAAUGAUUCCGACACUUCUUCGCGCUUUUCCGAAGAACAAGAUCAAUUAGACCUUUUAACAACUCGAAUUAAUAAAAAUUUGGAAAAAAUUUCGAAUCUUCAAGAUUCCGGUCUUGAAUUAUUGAUAUCAGUUAACCAACGGCACGGCCCAAUCAAUAAAACAUGUAGGGUCGUGCCUGAAGUUAGAGAUCAAAUAAAUGUUGUACUCGAAAAGGCCAUCGAACCUUCAAUUAAAUUGGGAAAAAAAAUUAGUAAUGAUAUCGAUAGAGUACUUUUAAUAAUGUCCCAAAGUGAUGAUGUAUAUAAAAGGUGGUCAAGGAAACGGGACCGUGAAACUAUCGAAGUAAGGGAAAAUGAUGAAAAACACCAAAUUAAAAGGAUAAAAGUAUAUGAAGUGGAAGAUGCAGAUGAAGAAACUAAAGGGCCCGGAGGAGAAACGCAAGAAUUACCAGAAUUUCCGGUAUCCCAUUUAGUAUAUGCAUUAUAUCCCAAAACCACUUGCUUUUAUAAAGCAUCCGUGGUUGUUCCACCAAAAGAUAAUAAUGCUUUACGAUAUGUUGAUGCUCUUUACGUGUUGGAUAUUUCGGAGCAUAAACCAUAA